CUUCCUGCCUUGCCGAGGGAGGGAGCGGUGCUGACGACUGGCAGGACGAAAGGAGAGACAAGAAAGCUUUUGGGAAGCUAUAAAAGAGUGGGGAACGGCCCAGGUUUCCACCGUCCGUCGGGAAAAUAAACACCCCAGUUUUCUGUAGCUGCAGGAUUUGUCACCGAGUCUGCCACGAAAAUGUCGACCAGUCGUCAGCUGACCGAGAGCAGGGCCAUCCCGACCAGGACGGUGUUGAUCAACGACACAACCCAGCUACCUCAUGACUACUGUACCACCCCCGGAGGCACUUUAUUUUCCACCACUCCUGGAGGAACCCGGAUCAUCUAUGAUCGUAAGUUUCUACUGGACAGGCGUAAUUCUCCCAUUGCCCAGACUCCUCCAGCACAUCUGCCUGUCAUCCCUGGAGUGACCAGCCAAACUGUCCUGAAUGAGAACAAGAAAAAUGAAGCCAACAACCACAUCAACAACCAUGAUGGCAAGCCCACAACUGGUGACGAUGCUCAGUUUGAAAUGGACAUCUAACAGACUGGAACCACACCAGCAUAAGGAAAUGACCUGGCAUCAAGAGUGCCAGUGGCUUGGCUUAUAGAAAACCGAUGUUGUGAGCCCUCAUGGCAGCCGUCUUCUUUAGUUCUUUGUCUCACUGCUGGAUGUAAUGUGUACAAACCAUAUGUCAUACAUACACAUACGGAGUGGCCAAGUCUCAGUAUUAGGUUUAUUUGACUAACCUUCCCAUGGUUACUUGUCACAGUACAAAUCAGCACUUACACAGCAAGGGAGCAGACCUGAAUAUUUUGUACCCAAACAAAUUGUCCCAUUGGUCAAUCGAAGUGCCCAUCUUGCAGCUUAUCUGUGAGUCAAGACCCCGUAUAGGGUGCGCUGAAAAACUGAUGAUAUAACAAGUUAAUCUGGAAUUUUUUUUUUUUUUUUUUUAAAUGGCCCUAAGAGUCAUGUUAAUGCUUUGAUAUUCAUCACAGUAUUUGGUUUUGAAAACCCUCUUAAGCAAUUUAUUUAAGUGAUAUUUUUUUUGUUUUGUUUGUUUGUUUUUGGGAACUACUUGAAAAAGCUCCACAAUCUCUAAUUAGUUGGACCACUUCCGUUCUGGUGAUGGUAUUUAAAGGGAUGCUGUUUUGUUUUUUGUUUUCCCAAUCAGACAAUUUAAGAUUUCAUUUCAUUCCGAUAUUUUAGUCUCUAUCACCAAAUAAAAGCUAAAGGACUUUCCAAUUUUGAGAAGAAUCUUUUUUUUUUAGAAUGAACUUUACGGUACAAUUGAAGUUUUAUAUUUGUGAAGAAAUUUAUAUAUAAAGCAAAUUUGAAAACUUUCAAUUUGAAAUCCAGCUUUUGAUGCAGAAUUCCUUUUCAUAGAUAUAAAGAGCUCAAGCCCCUUGAAUCUAACAAGAAAAUGUAAUAAACUUUGAUCAGAAUUGUUAUCUAGGCAGGAGCUUUAUCAGGUUUUGACUAACUAAGAAGGAAGUGAUACUUGGCACCCUCUUUCUGGUGUUUUUCUUUGUUUUUUUAUAUCCAGACCAGAGAAACAUGUAGAACAACAAAUAUUUGGUUAAUUGGAAUAAGAUACGAGCUUUGGAUAAACUUGAAAUAAAACUAGAUGUUUUAUAUGCGUUUAUUUUUAAUACAGUUUCUAAGUAUUGAGGGUACUUGUUUGGGUGUGUUAGACAUGUCAAGAAAACAGAAAACAAAGUCAGCAUCUGGUUGGAUGGAUGCUGCCCAAUCGAUCUACAAAUCUGUCCCCAGUGUCCUUAAUCCGUUUGACAUUACCUUAUUCUGUUCACGUGUCACGGCCACCCAUGCCUUACUUUACAUGAAAUGCAGUAACUGAACUAGUUUCCUCCUCAUCAAUUUGUACUUUUCAACAGAUGUUUAUUUUUUCAGAGUAACACUGUACUUGGCAAUUGAGCAAAACAUAUUUUAUUUUCCUGACAAUAUUCUUCCUCAAACAGCUGUGAAUUUAGAGAUCUGACAUAUGUGACAUUGUGGGAAUCUGAAGUUCAGAUGACGGUGUUAAAGUGUCACACUCAUUUUAUCCCAAUAAUUUGGUUUUAUUUCUAUGCCACAUAGUACCAUUUGCUGACUGUGCAAAUACGAGCUCUCAACCUGGUUAACGAAUCACCACACAGUUCGUGUUUUUCAGUCAAGAUUUUCUUCUCUGUAUGACUGGAAUCAAUGAAUGAUGUCUGUCAAAGAUUUUUGUUUUCUUUUUGGCUUUGUGAUUAACUCUGGCAAAGUUAGGUGACAAAAUCCUUUGCAUUGCACAUUUUUUGUUUGGCCAUAAAAGUCUUCUUAUGUUGUGACAUCAUAAUUCAGGUGGCAGAAUGAUUUCAAAUCUAUUUGGUUGACAAUGAGGGCUUAACAUGUAUUGAAAGAGAUUUGAAACAACCUUACUGUAAUCUUCUAUUUUGAUUUCAAGUAACUUCAUUUCAAAUGAAACUCCAAUGCCAGUGGACACUGUUGCUGCAAGAUCAAUAAAAUUGUGUAACAGAAAACAAAAUAA